AUACAGAAUUCAUUAUCUUCAUAGUAUAGUAUUUAUAAGUAGAUGAAAUUCAUCAAUUUAAAAUGUAUAAAUUCUUCUACUUUCGCCAUCUAGUGAUGGAAUUUAUAAGACUGCAUUAUCUAGUGAACGUUAAAAUUACCUUCUGAAACGGUAAAAUCGAAUGUAAUCAGUUUAGGUCAACUUGAGCUACUACUGCGGUCGAAUUUCGCUACUCAAUUUUGAUGCCUCGAGUACGUCAAAUAGCGGCUUUAAUCUGACGUCAAAUUUACGCUCAAUUUGACUGUUGUUUGAGCUCAUGAAGAAUAGAUAACUAUCAUCUAUUCUUCUAACUGUCAUCUAUUCUUCAUGGUUGAGCUCAGCUGGCUAUCAGGGUAGAUGCCUCUGAAAACACGAUAUCUAGAUGAGAAAUGUACGUCAAAUUCAAAAUUUAGUUCUACUUUUAGCUACGAGAGAGAACUCUAUCCAUUACAAUAAAUAGUCAUAACAGUCGUGAUUUGUGAUUACUAUCGAGAUUUCAGAGCAAUAUAGGUAGUAGAUUUUAUCCAAACAUUAAAAUAGAAAUGGUGAUCACACGAUGACAGAAAAAGAUCAUUUUAUUUUACCAAUACAUUCAAAUAACAACAACAUGGCAAAUAUAUUCCGUUCAUCGUUUCGCAACUUUUUUAUAUUUUUUAUAAUAUACAUAAUUGGAUUUUCAUAUUUAGUGGUUUACUUAGAGCAAAGUAAAUGGGACAGUACUGAAAAGACAUUAAAUAAUUUAGCUAAAACAGUAAAAGAUCAAAAUGAAUUAAUUGAACAAAUUUACCAAUUUAAUGAUCAAUUAAUAAAUAAUGUUAAUAAAAAAAAAAUAAUAAAUAAAAAUGCACCGACAAUAUUUGCCAUAACACCAACAUUUGCUCGGCCAGUACAAAAAGCUGAAUUGACACGACUGGCCCAAGCAUUUCUCCAUGUACCCAAUUUCCAUUGGAUUGUUGUUGAAGAUUCACCAGUACGUACAAAAUUAGUAACACAAUUUUUAUGGGAAAGUGGUUUAACUUAUCAACAUCUGAAUGCCAUCACACCUUCUAAUUAUAAAUUGGGAAUAAAUGAUCCGCAUUGGAAAAAACCACGUGGUGUUGCACAAAGAAAUACUGCUCUAACUUGGUUGAGAAAUAAUCAUAAUUCAAGCACAAAUGGUAUUGUUUACUUUGCUGAUGAUGACAAUACCUACUCUGUUAAAUUAUUCAAAGAGAUGGAGAAAAUAAAAGUAGUUGGUGUUUGGCCAGUAGGUUUAGUAGGUGGUUUAAUGGUCGAACGGCCUAUUUGUGACAACACAACAAACAAAGUUACUGGAUUUAAUUCAUUAUGGAAACCCGACCGACCGUUUCCUAUAGAUAUGGCUGGUUUUGCAGUGAAUCUCAAAACAAUACUUGAAAAAAACGACGCAAAGUUUUCGUUUCAUGCUAAGCCCGGUUAUCAAGAAUCAGAAUUUCUUGAGCAAAUGGUUACACGAGAUCAAUUAGAACCACUGGCUGAUGGCUGCACAAAAGUUUACGUCUGGCAUACGAGGACUGAAUCUCCGCAGUUACGAGAUGAACAACGCUUAAUAAAAUUGGGAAAAAAGUCUAAUGACAAUAUCGAAGUGUAGUAAUUUUUUAAAAAUUUAUUUACUUACAAUUUGUGUUCGAUAUUUACUUUAUUUAUCAAUCGAAUAUUUAAUGUUGUCUUGUUAAUGAUAUUUAGGUCUAUUCACUUUUAUAUAUAUAUAUAUAUUUUUUUAUUUUAUUUUAUUAGAAAUGUUCAGUAAGAGUUAUUCUAACUUUUCUUGUCAAAUAUUGACAUAUACUCAUUACAUUAAAUACGUGUUGAUAAAAAUAAAUAUUCAAACUGAGUGAUAUUUUAUCAGAAUAUUAACAACAACUUUUCUUUUUUAUUUGUAUAUUUAGAAACUA